AUGGGGUAUGAAAAACAAGAUCAAAAUUGGUGUUCCAAAAGAGGAAGUCAACGAAGGGUAGCUACUGCACCUCCUCCUCCACCUCAAGCUCAGUCACAAGGAUCAGCAACUGAAGCUCCUUCGUGGUUCAUACCAUUCUAUAAAGAAUUCACAUCCUUCAGUCGAGAUAUGCGCGAUGGUCUUAAAUCUCUACAGGAUAAAUACUCUUCCUUAGAUCAGCGUCUUAUGCGCAUUGAGCAGAUACAGGGUAGUUCCUCACAUGGUGAUCCUAUGGACACUAGCUCCAUACCCCGUAGCGACGAUUCAUCGGCUAAAACAUCUAAAGAAGAGAAAGAAGGAGAUGAAGAAGAAGAAGCGAAUGCUGGUAAUGAGGAAACUGAAGGUGAUGGUGAUGAUGAGAAUGAAGAUGAAGAAGAAGAGGGAGAAGACGAUGAUGCCUCUGAUGGUGCGGAAGGACAUGAUGAUUAA